UCGUCUUAAGAAGCCGCGUCAGUGUGGAAAAUGUCGGUGGUAACGGUCCAGUUGGGUCAGUGCGGGAACCAGGUGGGUCAGGAGCUCUAUGACGUCAUUUGCUGUGACGCACAACAGGGUCAGAGGAAACCGUACUGCAAAGCAAGUUGUGAGCGAUUCUUCCGCCAGAAUACACGCGGAGAUCUGGUGGCGAGGGCGGUGCUGAUCGACAUGGAGCCUAAAGUGAUCAACCGCAGCAUGAGGAAGGCGGCAGAGUCCGGCAGGUGGACGUACGGCGAGGCCUCACACUUCAGCCAGAAGCAGGGCUCAGGAAACAACUGGGCUAACGGGUUCUGCGUCCACGGUCCCCGUCACAGGGAGGUGGUGGAGGAGCUGGUGAGGCGGGAGGUGGAGCACUGCGACCGGGUCUCUGGCCUCAUGGCUCUGAUGAGCGUGGCCGGAGGAACCGGCUCUGGAGUGGGAACCUACGUCACACAGUGUUUACGAGACACUUACCCCAAGUCCUUCGUGGUCAACCACCUGACCUGGCCCUACGAGGCGGGGGAGGUGAUCGUCCAGAACUACAACUCCGCGCUGACUCUCUCCCAUCUGUACCAGCUGUCGGACGCCGUCCUGGUGCAUGAGAACGACACGGUGCACAGGAUCUGCAGUCGGCUGCUCAGAAUCAAACACAUCUCCUUCAGUGACGUCAACAAAGUCAUCGCUCACCAGUUGGGAAGCGUUCUCCAGCCUGCACUGACGGCAGACUCACAGGGUGUCUACAGCAGAAGUCCAGUGGGGGAGCUGGUGGGCGCCCUGGUCUGCCACCCGGAGUACAAGCUGCUGAGCGUCAGCACCAUCCCUCAGAUGCCCACCUCCUCCAUAGCCUACAGCGCCUUCAGCUGGCCAGGGCUGCUCAAGCACCUGCGGCAGAUGCUCAUCUCCAACAGCAGGAUGGAGGAAGGCAUCGACUGGCAGGUGAGUGCGCCCUCUGGAGCUGAGAGGAGCAGGAGUUUGACAGGAAGCAGCUUCAACACCUCGUUGGCCAACCUCCUCAUCCUGAGAGGGAAGGACGUCUACAGCGCAGAGACGGGUGGGUUUGAGGACCCGGCCUUGUACACUUCCUGGUUGUCACCAGACGCUGCGUUUACCUCCUGGAAAUCCCCGGUGCCUUUCAAUAAAUAUGAGAAAUCGGCCACGUUGGUCAGUAACAGCCAGGCUCUGCUCAGACCUCUGGACAACAUGGUGAGGAACGCCUGGAACAUGUUCGCCUCCAGGGCCUAUGUCCAUCAGUACGUCAGGUUCGGGAUCUCAGAGGAGGACUUCCUGGACAGCUUCACGUCACUGGAGCAGCUCGUCUCCAGCUACAGUCAGCUGUGUUGAUGAACUACAGUGAAGAAUGUUUUUAUUUUGAUACAAUAUGAACUGAUGAAAAUAUAAACGGAUUACGUUCCAAAUACAUAUAUAUGUGUAUAUGUAUGUAUAAAUAUACAUUUUUACAUUUUACAUUUGUUCUGAAAAUCUUAAAACGUGACGUAGCAUGGCUAAUGCUACGAGGCUAAGUCUGGUGAAGUGAGAACUUUAACCACUAGAGGUAGCUCAUUCAUUCACAGUGUACUUUUUAAGAAGUGUGUGUUUUGUAAGUAUUUCGGUGGCAGUAAGAAUUUCCUGAAUCACUUCAGCUUCAAACAUGACUCAGAAAAUGAUCUUCAUCAUUUGGGGAUUUUUGUUUUUUUGUCCUGAGUUCAGUUGAACUUUUAAACUUUUCCAGUGAAUGGACUCAUCUUUAAAUGAACACCGUUUGGCUUCACCUCCGAGAUGUGAACGUGAAUAAAGUUGGUUCAGAAUGAACAAAGACC